UUAUAAACUGCUAGUGGAAAAGAUCAAAGGCGUUGUUUCCAACUUCAAAAUAUAUAUUUUAUUUAUUUUUAUUCUUUAUCUCGAUUAUACAAAGACUUACAACGAACAUCGGCAUGUCAACUGACUCUUACAUGAUACUUUCAACCAAAUAAUUUAGAUCGUAAUCUUUGUAUAAAAGUGCAAAACAUUGUGACAACUCGACUUUCGACAUCAUCAUCAAUAUGGUAAAAAAUGUUAACGCAAAGACGUGGCUUCCAAUGUAUUUGGCGUUUUUGUGGUAUUCUAGAUCUAUUAACAGUGAAGUCUAUGAAUCCAUUCAGUGGAGUCCAUUCAAUCCAAAAUUUCAAUUUACUGAGGAUCAGUUCAAGCACAAUAUAGCUUACUACCGCCAAAUUGUCUUACCUGAGUCACAAAUAAAUAUCAUUUGCCCAAAUGUAGCGACAGUAUUAACAAGCUUGACUGAAUAUCCACUAAGGGAUAGCUUAUAUGAAAACCUAUGGACAGUUGGUGAGGAAGAAUUUUAUUCUUGUCAAAUAAACUCAUCCAAGAGUGAUAGUCGUUUGGUACUCAUGUGUAAUAAACCAGACAGUCUUCACUAUCAUACAGUAAAUUUUAUUCAUUCGAAUGCAUCGGUGUCUUCUUCAAAUCCUGUAAAGGGUAGUAAUAUUUAUUUUUUAGCAACCUCCAAUGGAACAAAAGAAUCAUUGAACCAGACCUCAGAAGGUCACUGCAUGGACCCAACCAAUGGAAUAUCUAUGAGAAUACAAUUCAAAAUUUGUGAAAACAACUCUACAGAUCAAAGUUGUAAUAAUUAUUCACGAUCAGUCAAAAACAAAACUAUCAGUAAAGAUAUCAAGGCCUGUAAAAAUAUAACUAUCAAAAGAACAUCUUUAGAGAGAGAUUUAUCACAAGAACGUUUUUGGGAAAUCCUAGCAAUUAUCUUAGGUGUGUUGUUGGUUCUGUCUUUCGUCAUCCAUAGUGUUUUGAUCAUUCGUUAUUGUGUGAAGAAAAAUAGAAAACCUGAUAGACAGUUAUCCCAGAGCAGUCAAAAGGGCAGUGACGAACCACUCAAGAGUCUAAUUGUUGAUUCUUAUAACAAGAAAUCAAAACAUGGACGCGUUUCUGCAGCAUUGUAGCCGUUUACUUUACUCUUUCAAUCAGCUGAUAUUUAUUAUUUUCUGGUGGUCAAACACUGGUGGUCAGACACAAUCACCAUGUACUGUCAGCCAGAAAGAUUUUAUCGAAAACUAGCGAUUCAGCUGAUGAACCAGCACGAGAGAAUUAAACCCAGCCACCCAUCUUCAUACGCUGUUCUUAAAGAUGCCAUAGCUGAUAGCUCCAAAAUGUACCACGAACGUGACAGGAUGGUGUAGAAACCAUCCUGUCCUGACACGCAUAUUGCACGUCUGCCUUGUCUGACAAGUUCGUGAUAGUCUUCAUGACAGUCGAUCAGCCUCAUCCUAAAAUUAUAAAUUACAGCUAGUUUCUCUGGGGGACAAAUGGCAGCAAAAAGGAAACACGAACUUGAAAUAAGAGACUAUCGCUUUUCAUACACUGCCGCUGUUGUAGAUAUUUCAUCCAGUGCAUACCAUAUGUCCGUAAAAAACUUUUUGGGGGUAAUCGCACAAAUUUGCACAAAUUAGUAAGCUCAUUAGAUCUCAGUUGACCGAAGACCUACAACACUUUGCACUAAUUUGUACAAUUUUUAAGUUAAUUUUUUCACGCAUAUAUGGUAUGCACUCUAUCAUCGGCCGUUAAAUUUAGAAAUUUUAGUUUCUUUGGGCAAGUCGUAGCGAAAAUAAAAGUUUUCACUUUGUCAUGUCAUUUCAAA